AUGCUGGGUGCUUCAUUGAUCCCGGCGCGCUGGAGAGGCUUCUACAGCCCUCAGGACCCGGCCCAACCAGGUCCCUACAGCAAGCAUGUCACGCCUCUCCUGCAGAGUGUCACUCGCAGGACCUGCACUCACCCCAUUCACUCAAUCGUCUUUUGCGCCCUCAUCGCCAGCACCACUUACAUUGGCCUCCUCGAGACCGGCUUGUUUGAGCCGUCGACCAAGUUCAACAACAACAACCAGGUCGACUUCUCUGCUCUUUCUCAAGGCAGCCGUACUCUGAACGUCGGUCCCGAGACGGCGUGGGAGUGGCAGUCUGAAUCUGUCUCGAGCGAUGCACAAGCAGAGCACCUUUCCCUGAUCACCCUCGCCUUUGCCGACUCCUACGCCGAUGCGCCUUCAGUUGUCAUUCCCAACGACAGCUCGGCCGAACUACUCCCUUCCUCUGCCAGCCGCCUGUCCCUGUCUCAAGACUCGACUCUUGCCUUCUCGCUUCCUUCGGAUGAGACUCCGUCGUUUUUGGCCUCAAUCAAGGAAAUCUCGGCCCAGGAGACUGCUGAGGACGACGAUGAGCAAAAGAGAUGGAUCAUGAGAGCAGCACGAGGUUCCGCCCGCCGCUUCUCUCUGCGUGAGUGGGUGCGCAACUCGUGGAUUGCCUUUACCGAUUUGAUCAGAAACGCCGAGACUCUCGACAUUAUCAUCAUGGCCCUGGGAUACCUUUCUAUGCACCUGACCUUUGCCUCGCUCUUUGUGUCGAUGCGUCGCAUGGGCUCCAACGCUUGGCUGGCAACUAGUGUCCUCUUUUCGUCGGCCUUUGCACUCCUUUUCGGCCUUGUUGUCACAAUGAAGCUGGGUGUGCCUGUAAACGUUGUCCUGCUUUCCGAGGGCUUGCCUUUCUUGGUUGUCACUGUUGGCUUCGAGAAGCCUAUCAUUUUGACCCAGGCUGUCCUUUCCGCUGCUCUCAACCCUCCUAGACGCGACAACGGCGACCAGGCCCCCUUGACCAUCCAGAAUGCUGUGCAAACCGCAGUUCAUGAACGCGGCUGGGGCAUCGUCCGCGAUUACAUGGUUGAAAUCACUCUUCUGAUUGCAGGUGCCAUGUCAGGUAUCCAGGGCGGUCUUCGCCAAUUUUGUUUCUUGGCUGCAUGGGUUUUGUUCUUCGACUGCAUUCUGCUCUUCACCUUCUACACCGCUGUCCUGACCAUCAAGCUCGAAGUCAACCGCAUCAAGCGUCAUGUCGCUCUCCGCAAGGCUCUCGAAGAGGACGGUGUUAGCCGUACUGUCGCUGAGAACGUCGCCUCAAGCAACGAUGGUCUGAAGCCUGACGCGGUCAAUGGUGAAACUUCCAUCUUCGGUCGAAAGAUCCGUGACAGCAGCAUCCCUAGAUUCAAGGUCCUCAUGGUUUCUGGCUUCAUCAUUAUCAACGUGCUCAAUUUCUGCACCAUCCCCUUCCGCACUGGCGCUGCCAACAACUCUCCCUCGCUAUCUAGCUCCAUGGACCCCUUCAAGGUUGCCGGAAACGCUCUCGACCACAUUUUGGCCCAGGCCAAGAUCCGCAACCAGCCAACCGCUGUCACUGUCUUGUCCCCUAUCAAGUACGAGCUUCAAUACCCCUCUGUCCACUACUCUUCCGAUAGACCCGAGUGGUCUCUUUUCGAUGGUCCCUAUGCCAAUGGCAUCUUCUCCAGCAUGGGAGGAAGAGUCGUUGAAGGCGUUCUUAAAAGCUUUGAAGACCCCGUUCUGAGCAAGUGGAUUAUCAUCGCCCUCGCAAUGAGCUUGGUUUUGAAUGGCUACCUUUUCAACGCUGCUCGCUGGAGCAUCAAGGAACCUGAUAACAGUGAAUCUGCUUCUCGCGACGGCGCUAUCAAAGCUGCUCCUUUGCCCCCUCUUGCCGAGUAUGACCCCAAGAUGAACAUCAAUGCUUCCGGCCCCGAAUCUGCAAACGGACAUGCUGUCAACGGCGCAAUCCAAAAACGCUCCAAGGAAGAAUGCGAGCUGUUGCUUGCUGAGAAAAAGACGUCGGAACUGAACGACGAGGAGCUUACCGAACUAACUCUCCGUGGAAAAAUCCCUGGAUACGCCCUCGAGAAGACCCUGGGCGACAAGACCCGUGCCGUCAAGAUUCGUCGCUCCCUAAUCUCUCGUACUCCUGCUACCAAGCACGUUACCGGCGCCCUUGAACGUUCCAAGCUUCCUUACUUGAGCUACGAUUACGACCGUGUCUUCGGCGCUUGCUGUGAGAAUGUCGUUGGUUACAUGCCUCUUCCUCUUGGUGUUGCUGGCCCAAUUGACAUCGACGGUCGCAGCUACUACCUUCCCAUGGCUACAACUGAAGGUGUGCUUGUCGCAAGUACUAGCAGAGGUGCCAAGGCUAUCAAUGCUGGUGGUGGUGCCGUAACCGUUCUGACUGGCGAUGGUAUGACUCGUGGACCUUGUGUUGGUUUUGAGACUCUUGCACGCGCUGCUGAAGCUAAGGUUUGGCUCGACUCUGAAGCUGGUGAGAAGACCAUGAAGGACGCUUUCAACUCGACCUCCAGAUUUGCCAGACUGCAGCACCUCAAGGCCGCCCUCGCCGGUACAUACCUUUACAUCCGCUUCAAGACCACUACUGGCGAUGCCAUGGGAAUGAACAUGAUUUCCAAGGGUGUCGAACAGGCACUUAGUGUCAUGAAGGAGAGUGGUUUCGAAGACAUGGCCAUCAUCUCCGUUUCGGGCAACUACUGUACAGACAAGAAGCCUGCCGCUAUCAACUGGAUUGACGGACGUGGUAAGAGUGUUGUCGCCGAGGCAAUCAUCCCCGGUGAUGUCGUUCGCUCCGUCCUCAAGAGUGACGUCGAUGCACUUGUCGAGCUCAACAUCUCCAAGAACCUGAUCGGUAGUGCCAUGGCAGGCAGCAUUGGUGGUUUCAACGCACACGCUGCCAACAUCGUUACUGCCAUCUUCCUUGCCACCGGCCAAGAUCCCGCUCAGAAUGUUGAGAGCAGUAACUGUAUCACUGUGAUGAAGAACCUCCGUGGUAACCUUCAGAUCUCGGUCUCCAUGCCUUGUAUUGAGGUCGGCACUAUUGGUGGUGGUACUGUUCUCGAACCGCAGGCGGCUAUGCUCGACCUGCUUGGCGUCCGUGGUGCUCACCCUACCAGCCCCGGUAACAACGCACGCCAACUUGCGCGCAUUGUCGCUGCCGGUGUUCUUGCCGGUGAGCUGUCUCUCUGCGCAGCUCUGGCUGCCGGUCACCUUGUCAAAGCCCACAUGUCACACAACCGUUCUGCAGCUCCCUCUGCAGCACCUAGUAGAGUCCAGAGCCCCACCCCAACACAAGGGAAACCUUUGCCUCAGGGAUUGGCGAUGACAGGAAUGUCAUCCAAGAGAUGA